UGGCAUAAGCCCACGAGGGUUAUGAAAGAUCAAAGUGAAACUGUGAAAUAUCUAUCUAUGUAGCUUCAUUUCGAUCUUAUAUUUACUCUUUUUCUCUUUAUUCAACUCGCUCCAUCUCCUCCGAGUUAACUCACCUCCCUAAGAAAGAUGAAGCCCUGAACUUGGUUCACAACCUUGGAUUGACCGUUUGCUGCUUCUGUAACAUUUUUCUUCGGAAACUUCUGUGCUAAGUAUCUGCGUAAUAUGGAUCCAGAAGAGAGCAAGAUGGGCACUGAGCUUAACAUUGAUCAAGAUGAGACCAGAUUGGACACUGAGCAUAAUAUAGAUCAAGAAGAGAGCAAAAUGGGCAUCGAGCAAAACAUCGAUCAAGAAGAAUGCAGAGUGGACCCUGAGCAUAAUAUCAAUCAAGAUGAUAGUAAGAUGGGCACUGGGCAUAACAUGGACCAAGAAGAGAGCGAGACAGGCACUGAGCAUAACAAGGACCAAGAAGUGAGCAGGACGGGCACUGAGCAUAACAAGGACCAAGAAAAGAGCGGGACCGGCACUGAGCAUGAUAUGGAUCAAGAAGAAAGCAAGAUGGACACUGAGAAUCUUCCUGAGUUUUCUUCUAAUCCUAAUCCUCAGUCCUCAGAAAAAGAAGAUAGCAAGAAGGAUACUGAUCCUGCAGAAGGAUCUCGUAAACCAGAGUUGAGUAAGAAGAUUACUCCACAAUCAUUGAAGGCCAAAAAAAUUGUUAAGAAAUCUCUGGUUGGUGUUGCUAAAUUAAAGACUAAGAACAAUAGUUCCUCUCAGAUUCUGAGGAAAAAGAUAAUUAGGAAGAAUAAAAAAGUAGGGGACAAUGCUGAAAGCUCUCACAAUGCAGACGAGAAACCAAUUUCAGAAAUUACCCAGCAGAAUAAAACAAAGGAUGAAUCAACUAAGGAGAAAAAUAAGGAGGUCAAAAACAUUGAAGCGAAGGAAAGUCAGAAUAGGAGCAGUGAUGACAAAAAUCCUAUGGAGGAGAGCCAUCAGGAUAAAAAAGAUAAGGAGAUCAAUCUGUUGGAUAAGAAUGAACAAGAACAGAAGAGUAAAGAGAAACUCAAAGAGUCAAAGAAGGGUUCUAGGAGGAGAAGAAACAAAAACAAGCAAAAUGGCAAGGAGAAGAGCCUAUCAAAUGACAAAAAGAGUGAAAGGCUCGGUGGUCUCAUCUUUAUGUGCAGUGCUAAGACAAAGCCUGAUUGUUUCCGCUAUCGUGUCAUGGGUGUUUCAGCUGCUAAAAAGGAUGAUGUUUUACAAGUCAAGCCUGGACUUAAGCUCUUUCUUUAUGAUUUUGAUCUGAAACUACUAUAUGGGAUUUACAAGGCUUCAUCUUCUGGUGGCAUGAAGCUUGAACCAAAAGCUUUUGGUGGAAAGUUUCCUGCCCAGGUGCGAUUCAAAAUUGUUUCUGAUUCUUUCCCGCUACCCGAAAGCAUUUUCAAAAAGGCUAUCAAGGAUAAUUAUAACAAAAAGAACAAGUUCACACCAGAACUUACUGUUGCACAAGUCAGGAAGCUCACUAGACUUUUUCGACCAGUUGGAGCUCAGCCAGUUAUGCAGCCUGUUUAUGCUCCUCCAAAAGCAAUAAUUCGAGAAAGGGAAGUUCCGGGUCGGGUUAGGGGAUCACAACACCAUUCACGCAGGGAAAGAGCUGGUGGACAUCGAUCUGAUCGUCGAGAGGAUAUUCCUCGUGAUUCAUUUCCUAUGGAUAAUUAUCGAGCUUAUGACCGAAGGAAUUUGGCUAGUACUUCUCAUGUUAAUCCUAUACGGGAACCUUAUGAGAGAGAUUAUGAGCACCGUCCCCCAGAACCUCGCUAUGUUCCUGCUCAUGUAGAAAGUCUUCGAAGGGAUCCUAUUUAUUUGAAUGACCGUGAACAGCAGAGCUAUACUCGUGUUGUUUCUGACCGUAUAAAUGAUCCUUAUGACUAUCGAUAUGGUGCUUCUUCACCUAGGGAUGCAUAUUUGCCUCCUUUAAGAAGAGAGGCUCCUUUAAUUAGAGAGGACAUCUCGUAUUUGGUUGGGGGACGAGCUUUCGCCGGGACUGAUAACUUGCGAAGGAGAGAGAUCGUUGAAGAUAGGCAUUACUCGAUAUAUUCUGCUGCUGAUGCUUUGCCUGAUUACCGUCCAAUGCAGCCAUAUCGUGGAGACAAGUUGGAAGCCUCACCUUUACGAGUUUCAGCUCGUUACUCUUUUGCCGGCCCUUCAUAUUCUCGUCGCUAACUUAAAAUGCAAUUUGAAUCCCUUGCCGUUCCUUCCUUUUGAUGAUUGACUGAGAUAUUUUAAAUUUGUAUUAAUCUUAAAUGCUUAGGAACCUAUGGAUUCGGGGAAAAGAAUCUUCAUCGAGCUUCAAAUGUUGUUUAAUUUUAUGAAUCGUCGCGAUAAAUAAUGACAAUUUACAACCUAGACAUUGGAAUGUUUGGUGAAGGGCUGGUUUGGUAUUUGAUUCAUUUUUCACUUCCCAAAAUUGCCAUUUUCUUUUGCUUCUGCACCAUUAAAGUCUUAUCUAUCUCAUUCUUUGUUCUUUAUCUCUUAUAUUUUGUUAUACUUAAUGUCAUCUGCCCUCUAAGGGUUAGAGGUUUUUUUUUUCA